AUGGGGUUUGGCGGUGUUGUUCUCCGCUUCUUCAAUUUGGCUAUUCGCGUCCUUCAAUUUCUCGACGGUGCUGUAAUUCUAGGAAUUUUUUCCUACUUUUUAGCUGUCCUCAGCCGUCAUGACCAGAACAUCCCUCAGUGGAUGAAAGCUACCGAGGGUCUGUCCGGUGCGGCGACCCUUUACGGACUAUUAGGUAUCCUCUUCACCUGCUGCUUGGGAGGAGUCACAUUUUUCGCCGCUGUGGCCGUUGUUCUCGAUGUCUGCUUUGUCGGAGCCAUGAUCGCUAUUGCGAUCAUGACUCGCAAUGGCACACAGCAAUGCAGCGGCCGAGUCGACACACCUUUAGGAUCAGGCGAAAGCAACGCAGAAUCGCCAUCUAGAGUGAAAUACGGGUUUGCCUGUGAACUCCAAAAAGUCACAUUCGCAGUCGCAAUCAUCGGAAUCUUUUUCUUCCUGGUUUCCAUUCUCUUCCAAGUCCUUUACGCCCGUCACCACAAGCGUGAGAAGCGUUUCGGACCUUCCCCGGCCAACGACUACACGUAUGGUACUCGCCCUCGUGCUUUCUGGCGUCGCAAGAAGAACAACCCAGAUGCCGCCAGCGCCGACGAUAUGCUCCCAACCCAUCCUUCUCCUCAGGAUGUCGAACUAGGACCUCCCCAAGAGAAGCCUAGUGGUUUUGGUGGUUUCUUCUCUCGAAACAAAGAUACCGCUCAGACCACCCCGGGUGCGCCACAGAACGGCUAUGGCUACGGAAACUCCGCCUAUACAGGCAACUACUAA